AUGGCAAACCCAGCUCAUCACUAUCAGUGUGUUGAUUUCCUGACUAACCUCCCAAAUGACCUGAUGGAAGACAUUAUGAUGAGGGUAGAUCUACCUACUGUUGGAAGAGCACAUUGCGUUGCGAGGUUCUGGAAAGCUAUAUGGUCAAACAUUGGUUUUUGUGAUCGUUUUUGUAAGUUGAGAGUUUUAAAUGGUCCAUCGUCCCUGUUGUUUAUAAGUCAGCAAAAUAUGUACACCUCUUAUUUUCCACAGAGAAUGAAGUUUGUCGGUGCCAACGCAGUUGAUGACACUGCUGAUAUCUGUUGUAAGUCGAAUCUCCUUUCUGUACACCAGUGGUUUGUGCAGAAGACCGGACAGCAACGCAUGAUUGCUGGACCAUUUUGUCCAUCAUUUGUGAACCAUUAUUGGAAUGCCACUUUUGAUUUCAUUGAAUCUAUGGGCAUAUACUGCAUUAUUGCUUUAGGGCAACUACCAAAUGGAAGAAUGCAUGCCAAGUAUUUGUCAUGGAUGCCAUAUCAAUCCCUCAAUGGGGUUGUUUUUGAGUCCUGGCAACUUAUCAAUUCCUUAUGUCCUCGUGUUAUUAUGCCUAGUGGCCUAUUUGUUGGCGACACGGUGUAUUGGUGCAUAAACAAAGUCAUCCAUUGGCCAAUUGAUCAGAUUAGCAGAAGGGAACUCCUAAUAACUUUCAGCUGUUCAUCACAAACAUUCAACAUUAUCCAAGCUCCGAACGAUGAACAUUGGAAGACGUAUCCUUAUGGUUUCCACAAUAACACUAAGCUAUUGAAUUUGCAGGGGAAACUGUGCGUUGUUGAUGAAGAAUUUAUAUGUUUGACUGGAUUGUUUCAAAUGUGGGAAUGGACAAAUGAUGGUGACAGGAACUUGCGCUAUCAUUGGCGUAACCUACAUAGUAUGAUGCUGCAUUUUACGGGUCCGACAUUGCCUGUACCCUUGCGCGGGCCUUUCUCAGGACAUUGA